ACCUCUACCACUUUAACCUCAAGAAAUAUUUAUCACUUUGUGUUGUGAAUUUUACUCUAGAAAACAAUGGCAAGCAUGAAGAUUGCAUGUGCGGUUUUUGUAAUUUUCAUGGUUGUUGCACCUAUUGCAAAAGCUAGAAUCUCAUGUGAUUCUAUAUAUUAUCCUCUUACUGAUUGCAUUGGUUAUCUUUUUGGUGAUACUGAUAUUUCCACACGAUGCUGUGACGUAGUGAAAGCUAUUGCUGCUGCCGCCACCACAACCGGCGAUCGUCAGGCUACUUGUAGAUGUUUGGAAAUUUUUGCUGAUCAAUUUCAAUAUUCCAUAAAUAAGAGGAAUGGUGCUAAUAUCUUUAACGUAUGUGGUGUUGUUAACAGUCCGUACAAGAUUAGUAUCAAUUCCGAAUGUUAUAAGAUCCAUGCGAAGGAAGUUGUGGCGGAUGCAAGAAUAGCGAAUAUUCUCACUACAAUAUUGUUGUAUCCCUAGUAAAGCCCCACAGAGAUGUUUAUGAACGAAAUUCUCAGUAGAUCGUCUGGUUCUCCCAACUCAAAGUUUUACCUCUUGUUGUGACUUGAUACCUCAACAAAAUUCCAUCUUCUGAUAGAAGAUUUCUUCCUUCAGAAAGUAUUUGGUUCUGAGCAGUAUUGAUGAUGUCCCCUGCAAGGUUGUCUCCCAUGUGAUAUGGUGUCGACUUAAAAUUUCCUGCAAGGUUUUACCACUCCCCUUGAGCUACAUCCUCAUUGGGUUGAGUCUUGUUUGUCCGUUUCUUUCUAGUUCUUGCCUAGAUAGAUCUUUUGGUCCUUAAGAGUUUAAUACCCGGUAACCGGUAAUAUCCUUCUUGAUGAUUGAGUACUUUACCAAUGUUAAUUUACCCAGUAACUGGUAAAAGGUAAU